AUGGGCGACACAUAUUACUACUACUACGAAGUAGAUGGCUCUACUGAAAUACACGACCCAGCCCAACCGUCGACGACUUCUUGUCCUUACCUGCCAGGCCAAACGGUCAACACUCUUCACGUUCCCAUUGAACAAACUUUGAGGCACCGCAGCGCUUCGGUUAAUUCGCUUCGUCAAGAAUCAUACAUGACGAUGAAUCCUGAGGCUCGAUAUAUCACCCCAGUCCCAGCUCCAGCUGCUGUAGCUAAUCCUGUGAUCCGUCGUCUCGGCUCGGCUUCGUCAUUACUAGGUAAUCAUACCUCAAGCCGUUCUAAAUCACCUGGCCCUCCCUGGAAGCGAAUUUUUAGUCGAAAAUCAGCGAAUGCUGAUGUAGAGAGACCCGGUACACCUAGCCUCAGCCGUGAUGGUGCCAUGACACCAUCUCUCUGGCCGCUGCCUGACAGUAGGCCAACAUCGUCCUCGGACGGACGAAGGACCAGAGACAUCUCACCCGAGUCGCUCCGACGGUUCCUAAUAGAAGACCCUCCUUUACCACCAGUCACAGCUCUCAGCAAUCCGCCGCCACGAGCCUUGCAUAUUCCAAGCGAGGUUGCCGAAGAUAUAGACGAUGACGAUGACAACUUUGCCACGUCUGCUAUGCCAGAGACGCCAGUCUUCGCGACAAGAUUAUCCCCUCCUCCUUUUCAGCGGUGUGUCUCCUCAGACUCCAAACCUCAAACAAUCACGAGUUCGAGCUCUCCGACGCUAGCUAUUCGACCAUCAAGCAGUCAGCAGGGCAAAGAGUCGAAGAAGUCUGGUGUAGUAGAGGAAGGGUCACCGCAACUGCCGAAGCUUGAUACCACCGAAGCUGGCCAAUGCGGCCGCUCUCCUUCGGUUUCGUCAACCGCCUUUGAUACGCCAAUGUCUCCACAGUCCUUGGCAGAGGAGCUUCCACCCUUUUACGAUUCAAACGAUGAUGACGAUGUCUUGUCAAGCAAUGACGGCGAUUGUUCAGCCUAUAGACCACAUGCAGGACCUUCAACCAAACCAUCUUUCAAAGGAUAUAGUCUGCCGAGACAUGCUGAAGAGCAUAAGUCCGCAGACGGCUCUUGCCCUGGAAUGAUGGGCUUCCAUACGGAAACUGCCUUUUCCAAGGCACAUGAAUCGACCAUGCCGAUCAGUGGCCCAAAUUUCCUAAAUGGACCUAUGGAUACUGGCCUAGGUCUGGAUGACUUUGUCAACGAACUCGGCUUGUUGGUCGGUGGCAUUGGCAAUAAGAACACUUGA